AUGUGGAAUAACGUAAAUAGACCCGGCGCUGAACCGCAAACAGCUUUUGAUUCAUAUUUUUUUCUACCUUCUUCACUUUGCCGAAGUUGUAUAAUAAAAUACCUGAGUCGUCAUAGUUUUUGUCCCGUGUGCGAAGUUCAAAUUCACAAAACGAAACCGUAUUUGAACCUGAGAUUGGACAAAGCUUUACAGGAUGUCGUUUAUAAACUCGUGCCUGGAUUAUAUCAUAAUGAAAUGAAGAGGAGAAGAGAAUUUUAUGCGAAGAAUAAAGAGCAAAUUCCUCUGGCAACUCCAGAACAAUGCGGAUUAGAAGAAAGAUUAAUAUUUUCUCCGGAUGAUAGCAUAAGUUUAUCACUGGAAUAUUUAGAAAGGUAA